AGAAAUGGGGGGUGGGGUAGAAAAAGACUGGUGGGUCUUUUAAUUUUUCAAAACAGGCUACAUUUUAUAUUUUAAAGAAAGCAAAGCAUUUCUAGUUAAUCUGUAAUAUUUACUGUAAUUAGUAUUCAAUGGGGGGUGAUGUUGUCAGCAUCUCCUAAUCAACAAUCUCCUGAACCCAUUUGAAAGGUUAAAAUGUAAGCAUUUUGAAAGUGGGGGCCAGCGGGGAAGAGACGGGAAGACCCUAAUCCGUUAUUAAAUUUUCAUUUAUUCGACUGUUGUGCCCGCUGGUAGUGGACAUUUAAAAUGUCAUGGUCCAGUCAAUAUCAUGAAUUUACCUUUUCCUGGGUGUGCAGCUCUGCACCGACCCCUCAGUGCCCGCCACCCCCACCUUCUCUGCUCUGCGCUGCAGCCGCCUCUCCUGGCGGUUCCUCGCGGUUCUUCAGCACCUCCCCUGCCCAGCAUUCCCCUCCCCCUCCACCCUACGUGGUCUUGCUCUUGGGGAACAAUCGCCACUGAUUGAGGUUCACUCUAUGUUAGGCUGGAAAACUGGGCUGUUAUUUAGGAAGUCAUUAAUCACAUCUCCUCCCCCGGAAAGAGAUGGCGGAGAAACCUGUGAAGUACAAUUCCUUACCAACCCCCUCUAAAAUUUCCCAAACUGAUAAAUCUAAACACAAUUUGAUUACGUGAAAGGUGAUAGUGAUUCCCCCCCUGUGAAACUUUAAAUUAUAAAAAAAAUUUGAGACACAAUUAGAUAAUUGUGUGCUUUUCUGGUAUGUGUAUAUUACAAUAUGUAAAGUUUAAUGGGGAUGUAAUUGGGUUUAAUUUGAUUUUUAUAAAUUAUAUAUUUUCCUCUAAGUGUUAAGUAUGAAAUUGGUCCUAAGCAGGUUUGCUAUGAAGUAGCUGAAUUUUAAGAGAAAAAAGUCAUAACAUCGGUUGCUUUAUUUAAAUGACUCCCUGGUAUGAGAUUAUUUAGAUAGGGCACGCGUGUGUACAUAUGAUUUUUUCUAAAUCGACGAUUCACAAGGACCCUCCAUUGUGUUUAAGUAGAAGCACAAAAUCAGCACUCUGAUUUAUCGUAAAGAAGCGUCCCAAAUUGUCUUUAAGAUAACAUGUUUGAGUUUUUCGUGUUCAUUCAUAAAUUAUUUUGAUGUCAGCAUAGAUGAAAUGGCGAUUGGUUAUCUCUUCCUCCUGCCGGCCCCUUAAGGAUCCGAGGUGAAAUUAGUAGCAAGAAAGCAUGUAAUUGACAAAGUCACGUGUGCUCGGGGGCCAGAAACUGGAGAGAGACGAGAAAAAAAAAAUCAAAAGAAGGAAAGCACAUUAGACCAUGCGAGCUAAAUUUGUGAACGCACAAAAUCAAGAUGUUAGAUUGAUGCAGAAGAUCACUCCGUUCCAAAGGGAAAGUUUUCAUCUCACGAGUUUGGAGCAGAGGGCCCGUGGGGCAACAUGGCCGAAGGCGGGGCAAGCAAAGGUGGUGGAGAAGAGCCCGGGAAGCUGCCAGAGCAGGCAGAGGAGGAAUCCCAGGUUUUGCACGGAACUGGCCACUGUAAGUGGUUCAACGUGCGCAUGGGAUUUGGAUUCAUCUCCAUGAUAAACCGAGAGGGAAGCCCCUUGGAUAUUCCGGUGGAUGUAUUUGUACACCAAAGCAAACUAUUCAUGGAAGGAUUUAGAAGUCUGAAAGAAGGUGAACCAGUGGAAUUCACAUUUAAAAAAUCUUCCAAAGGCCUUGAAUCAGUACGGGUAACAGGACCUGGUGGGAGCCCCUGCUUAGGAAGUGAAAGAAGACCCAAAGGGAAGACACUACAAAAAAGAAAACCAAAGGGAGACAGGUGGAGACGGCAGGAUUUACUGGUGGAUCAGAAGUGGACUGUGAGAGAAGAAGAGUCCAGGAUGACUCCAAGAUGCUACAACUGUGGUGGCCUUGAUCAUCAUGCUAAGGAAUGUAGUCUACCUCCUCAGCCAAAGAAGUGCCAUUACUGUCAGAGCAUCAUGCACAUGGUGGCAAACUGCCCACAUAAAACUGUUGCACAGCUGCCUGCCAGUUCUCAGGGAAGACAGGAAGCAGAAUCCCAGCCAUGCGCUUCGACCUCCCCGCGAGAAGUGGGAGGUGGGCACGGCUGCACAUCCCCACCAUUUCCUCAGGAGGCUAGGUCAGAGAUCUCAGAACGGUCAGGCAGGUCACCCCAAGAAGCUUCCUCUGCAAAGGCUUCUGCAGCACCAGAAGAGCAAAACAAGAAGGGGCCUUCAGUUCAGAAAAGGAAAAAGACAUAAUACUUCUUAACGUAUCAUGUUCUCUACCCAGUUGGGAAGUCUACCUCAUGCAAGUACAGGGGAACAGUAUUUCACAGACAGCAGCUGACCUGGGAUUUUAACUACUGUUGAGGAACUGUGAAUUUUUUUAAACAGACAAAUCACUCUAAGUAAAUUGCAUUUGAGCAGGGUGUCAUGUUUUAUAUAAUUCAGAGAAUGAGAUACUGUGUAUCAGUAUGUACAUGUGUGAGAGGGAGAGAGCCUGAAUCUGUGUGUGUUUGUAUGAAGAUUUUACACAGGAAUGUAGACAUACAUAUAAAGAGGGGUUAUCUUUAUAUAUGUGUGUAUGUAGCUGUAAGCACACACCCUCCCUCACAUAAUUGGACAUCUCCAAGAAUUGAAAAUCCACGUGAAGCAUUUAAGAUGGUUUCAAAAACAACCCCUGGAGUUCUUUUAAGUACCACUUCUUUUAUAUUACAUAAAAAUAAAACCAUGACUGUUACCUUUUGGGUGAACCAAAGGAUACUUCAGAUCUCAGAGCUGCCAGUCAUAUGGUACUAAAGGUUUUUAAGAUAUCCAUUUUCUCUCAAGUUUGAGAUUGCCUUUUUUUUUCUUAAAUAUAUCUAUGGAGUUUUUUUUUUUUUUUCUCAUUCUCUCCUGUUUGAAGGUAGUACCUUAACUCCGUAUGCCUCUAACUGCCAUAAGCAUUUUUGAUUCUGGGCUACAUAACUCCAGAAAAGACAAUGAAUGUGUAAUUUCUGUGCCGAUAUUUCAAUGUUUUUAAUUCUAUGUUUUGAUUAUAAAUCACAUGCCUAUUAAGAGAAAUGAAGGGGAGGGUGAUGUAUAAAUGUAGUGACUUGAUUAUUUUCAAUGGUAUUUUGAUAUCAAAUCAUUGUUAUCUUUUACAUGUUCUGAAGUUUUUAAAGGAUUGUGGCAAUAGCAGCUUCCCUUGACCAAGUCGAUCUUCUGACCAUCACGUAGAGUAGGGAGCCCUCCUUUUUUUUUUUUUAACUACUGAAGACCUUAGAGGAAAACUCCAAUCAUUUGGUGUAUAUUUUGGUGGCUGAUUUUAUUUCCCGUGGAGAGUUCUCUAACUCGUUUCUGAAACAAACAAAAAAAGCAGCAUGGAAAUGAAUAAAAUACUGGGGUUGAGAAUGAAAAUUCAGCAGAUGUUCACAGUUGCCCAAUAGGUAUGACCUGUGAAUGAUGCUAAAAAGUGUUAUGUUUGGUGGCAGGCAACUAGAGUGACAAGCCUGGGGCAGAGGGAAAAACCUCUCCAACCACGUAGCUAUAAGUAUCUCAUACAGUAACAUUGAUCUGAUGGAAGUUACCUUCGGUGCUUAGGCUGAAGUAACCCAUAUGGUGAAUUCAGGAUAAACAGAUACUGAGGAUGAGAAUCUUCUGGGAUUGGUUCUCAGUUAUAGUAACAAACUGGCUAGGGACCAGUUGUAGUACUGGUCCCUUAAUGUUUCAGUCAUGAACAAAGUUAUUUUGGAGUCAUCCUGGUUCUAGAUGUUGUAGGCAAAUUUCUGAAACAUCUCUAAGAAGGUAUCAGUUAAUUAUAUGCUUAAUAUUGGCAAUAAAUAUAGUUUUGUAUGGGCCUGUUGGCAUAAGCUCAGAUAAUCAGAAAGAAAUUAGAAUGACUCAAAUGUGAUAUGUUCUGCUGAACAGUUCCUGCUCCCUCUCCCACAUGUGCUGUCGUGGGAUAUUGGUAUAGUCGCUGCUGUUUCAGCAAGCCACCAGAAGAAAAUGCCUCAGACUGGCCUGCCAGUGCUUUACAGCUCAGCUUGAAUUUUAUGACAGUGUUUGAGAAUCUCCAUGGUAUAUAUUGAAAUAUCAGUGUGCUGUGAUGCAAAGCUUACCUUUGACGAUAUUGAAUGUGAUAUAGCUGUAGAGAAGUACUUCCUUGCCUUAUGUGAGGAUUUCAAGCUUAUUUAAAUUAUGUAGACAAAUCAAAGUGGCAUUGCUUAAGUUUUAGCAGGUAUAACAAGCAGGUUAACAGUAAAAUGCAAAAUACGUCACUUUGAAAUUUCAAACCAAAGUUCCUUGACUUUAUAGACAUAGGAAAUUAUGGACUUGAACAUUGGACAUUCCUGUUUACAUAUAAAAGUUCAGAGCUGAGAUCAUGGUAUAAAAUGAAAACAGAAACACUUGAGAACUGUGGACCAUAUAGGUGCAAUUUAAAAUCUGUUCCAGCAUCUGACCAGACUGAACUACUAAAAGCACAUACCAAACCUAUCUUAUGGUUAAGAGUUGGGAUUUAUUUUUUAUAUGAGAAAAUUGCCACUAUUGCAUAACAUACUCAGGACAAAGAACUUUGCUCAGGGAACAUAUCAUAUAAUGUUGUUGUUUCUUUACAGUGUAGUCUACAGUCCUGCUUACUCAAAACAAGCCAAAUAACAGAACUUUGUGUGAGUAUGUGUACUUGAUAUUAGCAACUACCUCCAAGUUUGACUGAGAUCAAAAUCCUGAAUAGCAGAUAUCAGUUCUUCUGUUUUUAUUUCAUGUGAAAAUCCCUCAACUCCUUCCAGAUGUGAAGAUCGCUGAUGUGAGCACAUGGUUCAUUUGCAUGGGUUAAAUACUGUGUUUACAGCACACAGCUACCUCAUAGUUGAUACAUAGCACACCUUUAUGCUGCUCCAGCUUCAUGUGGCUGACAACUCUGGUACAGAAUCUUUUUUAUCUAUAUUAUAGAUAGCAAAUCACAACUGUGUGUUUUUCACAAACUCUUGUGAAUAAUGAAGCAUCUUGUUUUAGUCAGCUAAGGCUCCAAGUAUUUCCUUGAAGUUAUCUUGUAUUUAGUUUAAAGAAUUAUGGGCACUCUUCUACUUAAGCAAAACAGAACACAGAAGCAAUCUUGGAAAUAGCUGCUUUGCCCAGAGGUGGGGGGCAAGAAGGGGUAGCAGGAAUUUGAGGAUGAGGGAGCUCGUGCUGGGCAAACAGUUAUAAAAGAUGCCAAUCUCCUUCAUUUACAUAUCUCUGCUGCCCUGCACCAAAGCAUAUUGCAGCUCCCGAGGCUUAACUAACUAGCACUGGCUUGCCAAGGAGUGAACUCAAAAGUGCAAUGCAUUCCUAGCUACUGAGGGAAGAGGGUCUGUGAAUUAAGCUGUCCCUUGACCUCACCCUCGUGUCAACACAAAUGUAAUUCCUAAAGAAGAUGCACUACCAGUCUCUUAGCCUGUAAGCUACAUAUUUGCUACAUGGCAGAUUAUAGUGGAAACAUUUUUAUACUUGCAUUUCUAGUCUUGGGAUGUAUUUUUAAAAUGGAAAGAUUCUUAGAAAGAUUUUCACCUGCUUUUAACUUGGAAGUUUAGUGUGCAAUGUAAAAAUAUACCAGCAACAUGUUAUUAACAUCAGCCCACCUCCAAAUAUAGGAUAUUUUUUAUUGCCAAUAUUUUUUUCCUUGAAUUCUGGCUCAGUCUUAUUUUGCACCAGCGCAGUCCCAAGUUACUGCUGGUUGUAUUUAGUUUGUGAAUAGAAGCCCAUAAGUGUUAAUAGAUUCUAACGUUCACUGUAUGAUGAGUUAUACAGGCCAUGGGAAAUCUCAUUAAGUCUUAAAGUUAACUUAAAUUAAUUUAUCUGUUUUCUCUAAGAAAUGUUUAUCAUAAAAUAUAUAUGUGUGUUUCCCACGGUUAUAAAAAUUGGGAAAGUAUGUACAAGUACAGCCGCACUGACUUUAAUUUUCUAGAUGUCUUAAUGAGAUUUGUUUUAGGAAAGAACACUUGUUGAAAGCUUCGAAUUCUGUCUCGCAUAACUGUCAACAACCUCUUUAAGAUGUGGUGAUUGUGUGAUCUGAUUCCUAGUUGUUCACUUAGAGUGGAAGGUUGACCUAUGAUUCCUUGUUAAUUUUAUGUUUGGAACAAAGCUGCAAAGUUAUGGUAAAGUACUGUACCGUGAGAAAGUAUUAUAUUUAAUACAUCUGUGGCUUAACCCUUGUGAGAGUUACCAGCUUGAACAUAAUGUUGUUGACUACCUCUUGAAUCGCCUACAUCUGUCAGCCACUGGCACCCACUACCAAGCUGGCUUUAAUUAGUGUGUGUUGCUUUUUUGGUAUUAACAACUCUAACCAUACUAGAGACCAAAGUGGACCCUGAUUUCUAUAUGUCUUUAAUACGGUGUUUUAUCUAGUGUUUUGAAGUAAUCCUGCGUAGUAUUUAGAUCACCUCAUUGUCCAUUUUGACUCAUGUUGUUUACAAGUGAAGAAGAAAAACACUUGAACUGUUUCUAAAGGACAAAAAUGGAGUCAAUGUUUGGAAUGGCACUUCUCGCAUGGUCAGUCACCUCGGUGGACUGAAGCGCUAUUUGUCUUUCUGUAGACAUGGGUUUAUAUUCUCACUUCAUGCUUCAUGUCUUAUUCUUUCAAUUAUGGAUAUUUUGAGGCUUAAAAUUACUUGAUUAAAAAUAAAACAUAUAACGUUGGCAUUUA